AUUCAGCAGGUUCCCGUCGGUAAUUCUAACUUAAAUCUUCUCGAGGGAAAUACAAAUUUAAGAUCACUUUGUAUUAAUUUUGGAAAAUUUGUGCAGAGGAAGAAAAGCAAUGGCUUCUUGUGUCUAUAUAACUCAACCUUUGGCUGCAGUCACAGACAUUAAAAUUCUUUUAAAUUCUGUAAAGCAUGUUACUGAAAAAGAUGCUGUGAAACCACAUACAUUGCAGUUUCUGGUUCCCGCAAGCAAAGACGAUGGUGUUGAAUAUCGCCUGCCUUCGAUCAGCGAGUGGUUUGUCUCUCUGUGUCGGUUCCACAGACUGAUGCAUAAUCCGAGGUUCACCGUUUUGUCACACUACGACAUGGCUCAUAUUGUACAGCUGGGUGUAGCAGAGAAAAACAAACUGGCUGGUGGUGCAUAUGAUGCUUCAGAUGAAGCAGUUCUUGAGAUGAUGGAGAAAAUUGGUCAGUUAAAAUUAGUUCCCAUGACAACAGAGGACGAUGAGGAAUCUGAUGUGAGAGUUGUGAUGGAGUAUUACAAGACAUUCCUAACGUCCAGUAACCACGUGGAUUUGUUUGACGUAUAUGCAGCUGUUGCCAGGGAGAUGGUCAAGGAGUCUGAUCUGCAGAAAGAUUUGGCUGCAACCAUUGUCUGUUGUCUUGGAACACCAACGUCAGUUUUGGAGAAAAAAAUGCUGCAGCUAUUGUGUCCUGAUGGUAAAAGCACCUGUCUCCAGCUAUGUCCAGAUAACACUGUUGGUGUAUCUGAUGAUAACUUUGAGGGAUCCGAGUCACAGUCUGAGAACCAGCCUUCUCAAGACAUCCACCAGCCUUCUCAAGACAUCCACCAGAAUGUGUAUACAACCGCACAGGCCUUUAUUUACAAGACAAUUCUUUCAUAUAUCCACCUGUUGGUAAACACUCGGAGUGAACUAGCUCUGUCCCAGAUAUUCAACAUUCCUGACCGAGAGCUCAGCCAUGCAGCUUUCACAGCUGUCAAAAGAGAAGCCAAGAAGAAAAAUCUACCUAUAUACCAGACUUUAACCUCGUUUGUGAUGCGAUUACGUCUCGGUGGUAAAGGUUAUGCUCCAGACAAAUCCUGCACACUGCUGCCUCAUGUAAAGGGAUUCAGUCUUCUAAUGGGGAUCAUCCAGAAACUGCAGGGCAUUGUAGAAGAAGAUCUACAUAUUGGGUGA